AUGAUACCAGAACUCUCACAGUCACUCACGAUCCGAGUCCUGCAGUUUCUGUCGAGAGUUCAGAGCAGAACAGCGUCAGACUUAUCACGAGACCACCUUCUCGUUGUUUUGGAUCUGCAUAACCAUUCCGACCACAAGUUGGGCUGAAAAAAUGCCGACGAAACGUCGAAUCACUUUCGCGCGAUCUAUGCUUAUACUCGAAUAUUCGAUUGCUCCAAUAGCAUGUUGGCCAUUGCCGGCGGAAGCUAGUGCUUCGGACGUUCGAUUGCGCAAUAUUUGGUGGUGGUUUGCAUUUAUCCAUUCAAGUGUGUCUACCAGUGGUUGGUACUGGCAUAUUUAUCAAAACUCGAACAAUUUCAAUGUUGCCAUGAAAUCUGUUUCGGAAUUGUUACCCGUAUCCGCUGUGUGGCUGAAAAUGGUGGUCUGCAGAAUAGAAGCAUCCCGAUUGCAGGAAUUGCUGGCCGAAAUGAACUCUUUUCUGAGGAACGCAACGGCAGAAGAAUGGGAACUGGUGAUGCGAUACUACGACAGACACUUCACUUCGCAUUCGACUUUUUUCGUCGUGUCGAUCAUCAUAAUAUUGUUUUACAUAAUCGGACCCGCGAUGAUUUCAGACCAGCCCUUUCCAGGAACAGUUGCGUAUCCAUUCUCCGUAGAGCCCUUUUGGAUUUAUGCGAUUGUGUACCUUUCCCAAGUCUUUUUUUUCAUACAAGCUGGAAGUAUGUUGAUGAUAGCUUUAAUGUAUGCCACUCUACUCUGGUUCACUGGUGCCAGAUUUGAAUUGUUGGCAAUCGAAUUCUCAAACGCAACCAACGAGGAUGAAUUCAGACGCUGCGUUAAGAAACAUCAAGAACUGAUAAGGUACUUCGUGAAACUUAGGAUCGGCAUGGCCAAGAUGGCCAUGGUGAUGAUCGCCGUAGCUAUGACCGCCGUUUCCACCGGAGGCUUCAUACUGAUUCGCAAACCACCAUUGUUCGAAUUGGGAAAGUACAUUUUCUUCGAAUUGACCGCCGCGAUUCAGGUGUUGUUGUUAGCCUGGCCAUCGGACCAUAUAUGGCAGAUGGGGGAAAAAAUGCGUCAAUCGGUCUACAAUUGCGCGUGGGUAGGCAAAUCUCCACGAAUGAUUAGAGACCUGAUUAUCGUUCUGCAACGAGCGAAAAGUCCACCGGUAAUCGCUGUUGAAGGUGUUUUUCCCGCCUUGUCGCUGGAAUUUUUCGGGAAUUGCGUAGCGGCCAGCUUUUCAUACAUUGCAACGUUACGAGCCGUUGCUGGAGACUGAGGACAGCGUGAUUCGUAUGAUUGCAAAAGAUGUAUCAUGGUGGCCUCCCGCACUCCUAGUUCGAAUAGCAGUUAUAGUGGAACCGCAUCACACUAACAAUGAAUAUAACGUCUGUGAAACUGAUUAAUUCCCACAAUCACUACCAUGUAUCUUUUUCGUAGUAAAGGUUACGAUUGUACUACA